AUGUUGGAACAUAAUGUCGAUGGCUUUGUUUCACAUUUGUCUACUUUUUUAGGUCCCACGACUAUUCUCCAGUAUUUACCAGCAGGAGAAGCUGACUGGCUUUUUAACGAGUUUGUUUAUGCCAGCGAUAUGCUUUGAAACAGUGUUAUUGAUUUUUCUCGUGGGGAUUUUAUUUUCUAUAUAAAGUGUCUCGCCAGUUGACUGAUAUAUAAGCGAUCUUCUGCCCUGCUAUUCUUACUGGGUAGGUAGGCUAGCUUUCUAAGAAGCUGUUUGUCAGCUUCAAACAUAAAAUCUACUAGCUGUCUGUGCUGUUUGUUCUGUAUUUUCGGCGCUUACAUCAGUGAAAAGGCAGUUGGUUAUUACUCGAAACAAACUAAAUUAAUCAUAUGCGGAAAUCGAGAUUGUCACAUUGAUGAAUAGAAUUGAGAUGUCAUGGUUCAAAGUUAUACUUAAACAUUGUUGGAACAUCUGUGUAUGCCAAAUGUUUAUUCUAAUCAAUUUUCACACCAUCCCACGGUGACAUUUUAACAAGUGAACGUUAUUCUCCGUUGAAGUGAAAAGAUCAUUGCUGUGGAAAGCUUAUGCGAAAUGCCUUGUCGCAUAGCUAACUGACUGUGUCGGUGAGCCAACUCCUAAAACUUUAUAAGGCCUUUAGUGAGCAGAUUCUUUAUCUAGUUUAUGUGGGUGAUUGUGUCGUGCUGGUGCUGUUGGUAUACAAGAAGAAGUUAUGGGUUAAACAUUGUUUCCGUCAUAUCAAAUUAAGUUUAAAUAAACAACUCUCUGGUGUCUGUUCAUUCAAUGUCCUACCGAAACCAGAUUCCCAGAUUAAAUCAAUCGGUAGAUGGGACAAUCGUGGUCUAAGAACGUAGCUAACUUGGAUAAAGUAAAGCCACUCGCCAACAUCACGUGUCGUGGACGUCCAGCUCGUCGGUUUUGGAGAUGACUCCUCCUGGCCUCUGGACCCUCCUAUUCUGACACUCCUCUCACCCGAUGGAAUGUUGAGGCGCGCGGCGGGAGCGGGGCAGCAGCGUCGGCAGCGGGGCGGGGCCGGCUGGACCUGAGGCUCGCGGGUUUGGCGGGGAGGAGGAGGAGGAGGAGGAGGCGGAGGGCGAGGUGGCGACGGAGAGAGACUGAGAGAGACAUGGGCCAGUGCGUCACCAAGUGCAAGAACCCGUCAUCCUCGCUGGGCAGCAAGAGCGGAGACAAGGACCCCGCCGGCAAGGCCCACUGCAAGAAGGGCGGAGUGAUAGGAGGAGGAGGAGGAGGAGGAGGGGCCGGGGGCGGAGUCUACAAGGAGGAGGCGGGGCCGGUGUGCACCAGGUCGCCCGCGGACCUGCUGGCCAACGGCACCAAGAAGAUGGAGGCGGAGGGGAGGACUGGCCCGGCGCCCUCGGGGGAGCCGCCCGGGGGGGAGGAGCCGGCGGCGGCGGGCGGGGAGGAGUUCUCCGUGCCGCGCAUCGAGGAGCUCUUCGGCUGCUACAAGGACGAGGUGGACGACGCCAUCCUGGAGGAGGGCAUGGAGCGCUUCUGCAGCGACCUCUGCGUGGACCCCGCCGAGUUCCGCGUGCUCCUCCUGGCCUGGAAGUUCCAGGCGGCCACCAUGUGCAAGUUUACGAGGCGGGAGUUUGUGGAGGGCUGUAAGGCGCUGCGGGCGGACAGCCUGGAGGGGAUCCACGCCCGCUUCCCGCGCCUGCUGCUGGAGGCGCGGGCGGAGGACGGCUUCCGCGACCUGUACCGCUUCACCUUCCAGUUCGGCCUGGACGCGGAGGAGGGCCAGCGCUCGCUCCAGCGCGACAUGGCCGUGGCCCUCUGGCGCCUGGUCUUCACGCAGGACUCGCCGCCCAUCCUGGAGCGCUGGCUGGACUUCCUGGCCGAGAACCCGUCGGGCGUGCGCGGCGUCUCGCGCGACACCUGGAACAUGUUCCUCAACUUCACGCAGGCCGUGGGGCCCGACCUGAGCAACUACAGCGAGGACGAGGCCUGGCCCAGCCUCUUCGACUCCUUCGUGGAGUGGGAGGUGGAGCGCCGCAAGCGGGAGGAGGAGGAGGAGGAGCGGACGAGGCGCGCCGAGGCGGAGGAGGAGGAGGACCGGGACAGGGACAGGGACAGGGACCGGGAGGGGGCGUCGCCGUGAGGACCGCUACGGUGCGCCGGGAGGGACAAACUCGACGAACUGCGUCUGUGAAUCAUCCGGAUGAAGAUUAACGUUAUUGUUGCUACUGCUACUAUGAUUAUUGCUGUUGUUAUUAUUAUUAUUUUUCUUUUUUUAAAGAAGGGGUGGGGUGGGGGUGUGUAGACUGGGGUGGGGGGAGGGUGUGUCCCCAGCACCCUAUUUGCCUUGCGUUUUUUACGAAAGGGCUCCAAAAUAUGGUAUUGUUUUUUUUUUUGUAGGCACUUUUAUUUAAAUUAUUAUUAUUAUUAUUAUUAUUAUUAUUAUUAUUAUAGGGCGUGUAGUCCCUUUUUAAAUCUAGCCAGCCAUUUUAGAUGAUUUCUUUUCCCACCCCCGGCACUCGUCUGUAUGCUGGGUUUUGUUCCAUUCGAAUUGUUAAUUGACCGGCUUUUGCUCCCUAUAGAGCUUUAGGGAGGAAGGUUCCAGAAAGCGUCGCGUCAUUCGCUGAGUCGGCCUAAACGACCGCUUCCUGGAGCCUCGCCCGUGCGAGGCGAUUGGCUGGAUUUGGAGCGUGUCGCUGUGAGGUCCCGGGCGGAGGAGGGAAGCUAACUGUGCAGCGGGGGGGGGGG